CUCAAAUUCAAGUAGCCGGGAGGCAAACUUCCUCAUGUUUAUGGACAGCUGUAGCUAACACUAAAUGGUUUAACAAGUCAAAGUUAGUAGUUGGACACACAAUGUUGAGGAGGGCUUGACAAUUUCAGUUGAAAUGGGUCUUUUUGAAACAUGUUCUAUACGCAUACUAAACUAGUUAAACAGUGGACGGUUUUUUGAUUUGACCUAGAUUUGUUUAGUUUCCAGUGGGAGCCUAGGUAGGUAGGUGGGGUUAGCUAUAGCUAAUCCGAGGAGAUAACUAAUCCGAGUUUGUUAAUCCUUUCACACUUCUUUUCAGCAAACCGUUAAAGAGAGCCGAGGAGGAGUGUCCAGAUAAAGACGUUAAGUUUCCGCUCAACAAGUAACUUAACCAAAACUCACUAGCUUAGCUAGUAGAUGGACAUUUCUCAGACCGCAAGAAAACUUAAUUUAAGUAAACUCGCAUUAAUUGCGCCUAAAAGAAUGCGGACUAAACUUGAAGUCGUCAAACGGAAACGUGACGAGGCUGGUAAAGGGUCACUACUCCAGUAGUAGCUAGUGGCCAGCGCAGUGCAGCUUCUCGGGGCAUGAGACUUCAACCCAAGUUUGCACCGAGGAAGAAGGCGACACGAUGGCACACUGCGGAAGAAGGAAUCGACCCAAGUUACUUUUGUUUUUCUUUGGUGUCACUUUAGUGGGAUAUCUAAUAUUUUCCAGACACAACUCCGCGGACGUGAGCGCGACAAAUCGACGAGAGGCCCCCGGAGAGCGACAGCUGGAUAAUAAAGAGCUAAAGAAACCCGUCUACGAGAGGCUCCCUUUGGAUUUAAAUGCCCUGGGUGAAAUGGGGAGAGCCGUCAAACUGAAUCUGAACGGAGAGGAGAAAAGAAAAGAGGAGGAAAGCAUAAAAAAGCAUCAGAUUAACACUUAUGUCAGCGAUAAAGUGUCGCUACACCGGAGGCUGCCAGAGAGAUGGAACCCUCUUUGCAGAGAGCUGAAGUAUGACUACCGGUCCCUGCCGACAACCUCCGUGGUCAUCGCCUUCUACAACGAGGCCUGGUCCACCCUGUUGAGGACAGUCCACAGCGUGCUGGAGACGUCGCCCGACAUCCUGCUGAAAGAGGUGGUGCUGGUGGACGACUAUAGUGAUAGAGCUCAUCUUAAGGAGCCACUGGAGAAGUACAUCUCAGGAUUGAGGAAGGUGCGUCUGAUCCGGGCCACCAAGAGGGAGGGGUUGGUGCGGGCCCGGUUGCUCGGGGCGUCCAUUACCACGGGUGAUGUGCUGACCUUCCUGGACUGUCACUGCGAGUGCCAUGAAGGCUGGUUAGAGCCCCUGCUCCACAGGAUCAAAGAGGAGCCGUCGGCCGUGGUGUGUCCUGUCAUUGAUGUGAUCGACUGGAACACCUUUGAGUAUUUAGGGAACUCUGGUGAACCCCAGAUUGGGGGGUUUGAUUGGCGGUUGGUCUUCACCUGGCACGUUAUCCCAGAUUAUGAACAGAAACGCCGUCGCUCGCCCAUUGAUGUCAUCAGAUCUCCUACUAUGGCAGGUGGCCUGUUUGCUGUGAGCAGGAACUACUUCCAUUACCUGGGGACAUACGACACAGGGAUGGAGGUGUGGGGAGGAGAGAACCUGGAAUUCUCUUUUAGGAUUUGGCAGUGUGGGGGCAGCCUGGAGGUUCACCCAUGCUCCCAUGUGGGUCAUGUGUUCCCUAAAAAGGCCCCUUACUCACGAAGCAAAGCUCUGGCAAACAGCGUGAGAGCCGCUGAGGUCUGGAUGGAUGAAUACAAAGAGGUCUACUACCAUCGAAACCCCCACGCACGACUGGAGGCCUUUGGAGAUGUGAGCGAGCGGAAGAAGCUCCGAGAGGAGCUGGGCUGUAAGAGCUUCAAGUGGUAUCUGGAUAAUGUUUACCCUGAUAUUCACGUCCCAGAGGAUCGGCCAGGCAUGUUUGGAAUGCUGAAGAACCGCGGCAAGACUCAACAUUGUUUUGACUACAACCCAGUAGAUGAACACGUAGUGGUGGGCCAAAGGGUCAUCCUCUACCCGUGUCACGGCAUGGGUCAGAACCAGUUCUUUGAAUACUCCACGGACGGUGAGAUCCGCUAUAACACGAGGGAACCUGCUGGAUGCGUUGUGGGUGACAACAUCAGCACAUACCUGACUCUCCAACGGUGUAAAAAAAGGGGGCAGCAUAUACCUCCAGACCAGAAAUUUAUCUUCAGAGAGGACGGGAGCCUGUACCACGCGGUGAGCCAGAAGUGUGUUCAGGCGGUAGACAAGACCGACAACGGGACACCAGCCCCUUCCCUCCAACCCUGCUCUGACAUCCUCCUCCAAAAGUGGUUCUUUGAGGAGAGAAUGUAAUGGUAUCAACCUAGAAUAUAUGUACAAAUCUAUGUUUAUUCAGGGCCGAUAUGGGUGGAUUGAAUUGCUAAGUGUUUAUAUAUAUAUAUACGCACGCACACACACAUAUAUAUACAUACAUACAUACAUACAUACAUACAUACGUGU